CUCCUGGAAGGUUUUGCAGAGCUCCACGCAGAUCGCUGCUAACUGCUAAUCCGAGAUGCCAGGGCCAGGCUGAGCGGUGGUGACCGGCGGGUCAGAUCGUGGGAGGUUGAGUCUGACGGCACCGGCUUGGACCUGGAGGAAACRCCGCACAUGGACGCGUCUGGUCCCUUGACUCCUGGGGGACCAGGAGGUGAUGGCCCUUCAGGAAGUUCAAGAGAGACACCCAGACGGCUUUCAAGAGAACAGGUGUUUGUACUAAUAUCUGCUGCUUCCAUGAACUUAGGGUCCAUGAUGGCCUAUUCUAUCCUUGGACCCUUUUUCCCCAAGGAGGCUGAAAAGAAGGGAGCCAGCAAUACUAUGAUUGGCAUGAUCUUUGGAUGUUAUGCUUUAUUUGACUUGCUGGCAUCCUUGGUAUUUGGAAAAUAUCUUGUGCAUAUUGGAGCAAAAUUUAUGUUUAUAGCAGGGAUGUUCGUYUCAGGAGGAGUUACAAUUCUCUUUGGUCUCUUGGACCAAGUUCCUGAUGGACCUGUAUUUAUUGCUAUGUGUUUUCUAGUGAGAAUAAUGGAUGCAUUAAGCUUUGGUGCAGCAAUAACUGCAUCAUCUUCGAUCCUCGUAAAAGCUUUUCCAAAUAAUAUUGCUACAGUACUGGGAGGUCUCGAGGUGUUUUCUGGACUGGGACUAGUACUAGGUCCUCCUUUAGGUGGCUUUUUGUAUCAAUCCUUUGGCUAUGAAGUGCCUUUUAUUUUUCUGGGAUGCAUAGUUCUGCUGAUGGUACCACUCAACAUAUAUAUUUUACCUAGUUAUGAGGCUGAUCCAGGUGAACACUCAUUCUGGAAACUUGUCACUUUACCGAAAGUUGGCCUGAUAGCCUUUGUCAUCAUCUCUCUCAGUUCCUGCUUUGGCUUCCUUGAUCCGAUUCUGUCUCUCUUUGUUUUGGAGAAGUUUCAUUUACCAGCCGGAUAUGUGGGACUGGUCUUCCUGGGUUUGGCACUAUCCUACGCCAUUUCUUCACCACUCUUUGGCCUGCUAAGUGAUAAAAUGCCGCAUCUAAGGAAAUGGUGUCUGGUUUUUGGAAACUUAAUCACAGCAGGGUGCUACAUGCUCUUAGGACCCGUCCCUUUCUUGCACAUUGAAAGUCAGCUGUGGCUGCUGGUGUUGAUAUUAGUUAUAAAUGGCUUCUCUGCUGGAAUGAGUAUAAUUCCGACUUUUCCGGAGAUUCUUAGUUGUGCAUAUGAAAAUGGAUUUGAAGAGGGAUUAAGCACGCUGGGACUUGUUUCAGGUCUCAUUGGUGGCAUGUGGUCAGUUGGUGCUUUUGCAGGACCAAUGCUGGGUGGAUUUCUGUAUGAGAAAAUUGGUUUUGAGUGGGCAGCAGCUAUACAAGGCCUGUGGCCUCUGAUAAGUGGAUUAGUGAUGGGCUUAUUUUACCUCCUGGAGCACUCAAGGAGAAGAAGAAGUAGAUCUAAGUCUCAAAACAUCGUUGGCACAGAAGAGGAACGAACUGCUCUUUUGCCUGAUGAAAUCUAGCCUUCUGAGUCCUGGAUGGAUUGGGAGACAGAUGCUGGUGGUCCUGCAUAUCACUGUGGGGAGGGUCUUCUCAGUUUUGGACACAGAGCUCCACGGGGCCUCCACCACUCCCUGAAAGAGCCCACGUGCUUUUGGAUGAUCCUGUGGUGGGCUGUACUUAAAGUUGCCCUGAAAGGGUAACUGACUGAGCCAGCCAUAUUUGAAACAUUAAUUAUGAGAAAGAUAGUUAAAAACCAGCAAAUUUUUUUUUUGUGUGUGUUGCUGGGGAUUGAACCCAGGGCUUUGUGCAUGUAAGACAAGCACUCUACCAACUGAGCUUAUCCUCAGCCCCAGGAGAUUGUUAUUUUAAAUGACCAAACUUCUCCUUGAAGAUUCUGUUAUGAAUUGUCUAGCCUUCUUGCUUCCUCUGUUUACUUUUUAUUCUGAGUGCACUGAUUUUGUGAAUGGAAUAUACCUUCAUUUUUACUGACAAGGAAAGAAAUGAUUUGAUUUGACAUAUGCUGACUAUAUCAUGAUGACACAAAAUGUAUAGAAUCAUUAACUAUGAAAUCAGGUUUUAAAACAUAUUUUCUCUGACUUGAGAUUUUUGUCUUUGUUUAGAAAGCAAAAUUUCUGCCUGCCAUGCAAAAAUUCUGUAGCAUCCUUCUGGGCCCUCAGUUUUUCUCAAAAUUUCAGAUGUGUGAAAGGUGCUUGAUAUAACAUUUACUCAUUCCCUUUAACAUAUCUGUGUUUUAGUUCUACAUUUCUUUUUUCUUUCUUUGUUUUUUUUUUUUUUUUUCAGUACUAGGGAAUGAACUCAGGGCCUCACACAUGCUAGACAAGUGCCCUAUCACUGAACUAUGUUACCACACUUUUUAAAUCUUAUUUUAAGACAGAGUCUUGCUAAGUUGCUCAGGCUGGCUCAAACUUGAGGUCCUGCUGCGACAGCCUCAGAGUAGCUGGGAAUACAGGCAUGCACCACCAGGCCUAGCUUGUGUCCUGGUACUCUUGGUAGAUUUCAUCCUUAGAUCAGAUCAGCACCCCAACCCCAUCCAGGAAUUUUUGUUGUAUGUUAGGGACACACUCCCUCCAUGGACAUGUAAAAUCCAUGCUGUUAUUUGAAGUGAAACAAUGUCAACUCUCAUACCUCCUGGUCCAUUUCAUGCUGUAAUAGCAACAUUAACUUUCUUUUUUUUAGAAUAAAUGAUUUUAUCUAUUUAUUCAAAAAUAUCUUCGAUCACCUCUAAUGAAUUGAUACCAGGUGCUAGGAAUUUAGCUGUGAUUACCAUAAACAUAACCUCUGCCUUUAUGUAACUUUUAACCAGGAAAAGGAACAAACAGUAAAUAAAUGCCAGAAUUAUUUAUUAUCUUACAAAAAUGUU